CGCCCUGAUUCCUCUGCCUGCCCGACAUCUUCCUGCAAAACGGGGAAUAACACUGCGGCUCAGGAGAGGCGGAGGGCCCGGCAGGGGCAGGGUGCAGCUGUGCAUUGGUCCUGUCUCCGAGAGUGGCUCCAGGGCCCCCAGCGCCCAGCCCUUGUGCUGGUCUCAGUCCCCCCUGUGAAUGCCUGCCUCACUCUCACUCAGGACCUGUUGAUUCUGCCUCUGGGACCUCACACGGCCUCCGUCGCCCUUUCCCCAGGCCACGCUUCUUCAGCCUAGCUCUAGCUUGAUUUACCGCAGCUGUCCCCCAGCUGACGUCUCUGCCUGCCUGUAAUUCGUGUUCCACGCCCGAGGCUGGGAUAGACUUGCUGGGACUCAGAUCUGGAUAUCUGCGCCCUCACCAAUGGACCUGGUGGGGCUUGGUUAUGCAGCCGUGGUGAUACUGGAAAGCAUUUGGAGUUACAGGCGGAAAGGCAGUGUUGUGUUUCUGAUCGCGGGUCUUUCUUUUGGCCUGCUGUCUGUCUACGGAGCGUACCGCAUCUCCAACGACCAGCGUGACGUGAAGCCGUCACUGUAUGCAGCUUUUUUCCUGGCCACCUUGAUGGGUACGAGGUUCAAGAGGUCCAAGAAGGUAAAGUCCGCCGGACUGCUUGCAGGUUUAAGUUGCUGAGAUCACAGACCUGCACCACCACACCAGCUUCUCUGUUAUAGCACAGCCUGCCACGUAGCUCAUGAUGCAUCCAGCUGUGGAGGAAAAGGGAAUCACAUGAACUUUUCUGGCCAACUGGCCUCAAACCAUGAUCCUCCUUUUCUCAGCCUCCCACAUCGUUUGAGUGACAGGUGUGGGCCUGCACAUCUGGCUCAGCUAUUUUGCCCUGGCAGCCCCUGAUCUCAUGAACACGUGUAUGCCGUGUAGUGUAGUAUCUGGCUCUGCCUGUGUCCGAGUGACCUCCUUUGUCUUUGUUUGAUU